CCAGCUCAUAUCUUCCCGGCAAAACUCCCAUUUUUUUUCCUCAUUUCUCCUCCUCAGGUGCUCCCGGAUGAUAUACGUCGAUAACUCCACGAAAGAAGAGUCAAAGCAUUCUGAGCCGUCGGAUCAGACCAAGUUCUUGCCUUUCCCUUCCCGUCUUCCCGAGAGAGGAGGAAGAAGACGACGCCUGGGCUGAGGGCCUGAAGCCCGACGACUCCGCAAUCGGGCGAGGAGUCGGGGCUCUCGGGCAGUCGGGCGGAUUCCGGCUCACCUCGCGCGCGUCCUGCGUUGUCGCUCCCUGUCUUCCCCGCCUCGCCGAGGAAAUAACAAAAGGACGCUAUGAGUUCAGCAAGCAGUGUGAAUGGUGAUGGAAAAGAAACGGCACUGUUUGAGCAGCGACUAUCCAAGAUUGGUGAAGUUAGAGCUGCCCUAGGACAACUAUCAGGGAAAACAGCACUAUAUUGCUCAGAUGCUUCGAUUGCGAGGUACCUGGUAGCAAGGAACUGGGACGUGAAGAAGGCCACGAAAAUGCUGAAGAAAACCUUGAAAUGGCGUUCAGAGUAUAGGCCAGAUGAGAUCCGUUGGGAUGAGAUAGCAAAUGAAGCUGCAACUGGAAAAAUCUACCGAACUGAUUAUUUUGACAAGAGUGGCCGAAGUAUUCUUGUCAUGAGACCUGGAGUUCAGAAUACCAAGAAGGCCAAGGGGCAGAUCAGAUAUUUGGUAUACUGUAUGGAAAAUGCUAUUCUGAAUCUUCCACCGGACCAGAGUCAGAUGGUUUGGCUCAUUGAUUUUGCUGGCUUCAGCUUAUCUAACAUAUCACUUCACGUAACAAAGUUGACAGCAGAUGUCCUACAAGGUCACUAUCCUGAAAGAUUGGGUGUUGCAAUUCUUUACAAUGCCCCUAAGAUUUUUGAGUCUUUCUGGAAGAUGGCAAGCCCCAUUCUUGAGCCAAAGACUUUCAACAAGGUCAAAUUUGUAUACCCAGAUAGACCUGAGACCAACAAGAUCAUGGAAGACCUUUUUAACAUGGAAGAGUUAGAAUCUGCAUUUGGUGGCAAAAACCAGGUUACUUUUAACAUAAAUGAUUAUGCUGCGAGGAUGAGAGAAGAUGACAACAAGAUGCCAUUAUUGUGGAGUCCGGAGAAUUCUACUCUUGCUUCAGAGCCAUAUGUGAUGACCAAGGACACGGCACAAGAAGGUAGUUCAGACCUGAAGAGUGAAGAGACCACAUCUGAAAAGAGGGAAGAAACAGAUUCUGAAUCUGAAAACAAGGAAGAAACAGAGAGUGAAUCUGAGAGGGGAGAAACUGAGGCUGUAUCUAGAAAGAGGGAAGAAACUGAGGCUAUAUCUGGAAAGAGUGAAGAAACUGAGGCUGCAUCUGAAAAGAGGGAAGAAACGGUGACCGACUCUGAAAAGGGGAAAGAGAAUUUAUCAUGUGCAGUUGAGCCAGGCGAAGGUAAAGGUAUAACCCCGGCAGAUAGAAACGGCUGUUCAUCAUCUGAUCCGUGAAUAUGAAAAAUGCAAGCCAACUGUUGAUAUGAGCUCCUACACUGAGUUAUCCAGUCCUCUCCACCAAGAGAUGAACAUCAAACGUGAUUAGAAACACUUUUAACACACAGCAGGAAUGUGUUGCCUGACUUGUUUUGUAGUCGGCACCACCAUUCCAACCCUUGUGACCUUAUUUUGACAACCCUUUCGCAACAAUGUAUUCUGUCAGCUGAUAAAUAACAAUACGAUACUGUGUUGCACUCAGUUUCAUUUUA